UCUUUAGUUUAGGCUUUACGUCGAGAUGCAGUGGUGCUAAGUUAGUCGAACAAAGUCAUUGAAGAGGUGCGGUUGGUGUAAGAGAGUGGUCUCUGAGUUCCUCAAGUCAUAUUCUCAAUGGAUUGAUAUACCUAAUAACUCAACAACAAUUUUCUGUCAUCGAAUAACGUAGCACAGUAAUUUAGAAGUUUUAAUUGAUUUUUACUGUGCUAGAGACACGAGAAAAAGAAGAAAUGGCGACAAAAUUUAGUAGAUUGGCAUGUGGCAACCUCGGCGGUGCGCUUUCCCGCCAACGCCACGCCCAGGCGGAGUGCCGGACGCUGUUGGCGGAGCAGCUCGAUGCCAUCCGCGCUGCCGGAACCUGGAAGUCUGAGCGCAUUAUCACGUCCAAGCAGGCAGUCGGCAUCGACGUGCAAGGAUCGAAGGGGAAAAUUCUUAAUUUCUGUGCAAAUAAUUAUCUUGGAUUGUCAAGUCAUCCAGAAGUGAUAGCCGCCGGCAAGGCUGCACUGGAUGAGUAUGGAGCUGGUCUGUCAUCCGUACGCUUCAUCUGCGGCACGCAGGUCAUCCACAAGGAGCUGGAGGCCAGGAUAUCCGAGUUCCACGGUCGGGAGGACACAAUUCUUUACGCCUCUUGUUUCGACGCGAACGCCGGUCUGUUCGAGGUGCUGCUCAGCCCUGACGACGCCGUCUUCUCUGAUGAACUUAAUCACGCUUCUAUCAUCGAUGGCAUCAGGCUGUGCAAGGCCAAGAAAUUCCGAUACAAGCACAGAGACAUGCAAGACCUGGACCAGAAACUGACGGAGGCGCAGAGCUGCCGUACGCGCCUGAUCGUGACGGACGGAGUGUUCAGUAUGGACGGAAACGUGGCGCCGCUUCCGCAAAUCUGCGAACUGGCGGACAAACAUAACGCCCUCGUCUUCGUGGACGAGUGUCAUGCCACGGGCUUCUUCGGCAAGACGGGAAGAGGAACAGAGGAAUUCUUCGGCUUUCCCAACACCCGCGUCGACAUCAUCAACAGCACCCUGGGCAAGGCUCUCGGAGGCGCUGCAGGAGGCUACACCACAGGGUCCAAGGAGCUCGUGGCGCUCCUCAGGCAAAGGGCGCGACCCUACCUUUUUUCCAACUCCCUCCCGCCCCCAGUGGUGGCUUGUGCGAACAAGGUGAUGGAGCUGCUGCUGAAGGACUCGUCACUGGUGCGUGACGUGCAGGCGAACACGUCGCGCUUCAGGACGAGCAUGACUGACGCAGGCUUCAUCAUCGCCGGUGACGACCAUCCCAUCUGCCCCGUCAUGCUCGGCGACGCCAGGCUGGCUGCACAGUUUGCCGACCUCAUGCUGGAGCGGGGCAUCUACGUGGUGGGCUUCAGCUACCCGGUGGUGCCCGUAGGCAAGGCGCGCAUCCGCGUGCAGAUCUCAGCAGCGCACACCACCGACGACAUCGACAGGACCGUGGCUGCCUUCACGGCCGUCGGCCGACAGCUCGGCGUUAUUGAUUAGCUUAACACGGCCGCAUGAAUUAGCAUGUGAUGGCCUCAUCAAUUAGCCUGUGUUGUGACGCCGUCAUUAAUUAUUUCGUGUUGUGACGCCGUCAUUAAUUAUUUCGCGUUGUGACGCCGUCAUUAAUUAUUUCGUCUUGUGACGCCGUCAUUAAUUAUUUCGUCUUGUGACGCCGUCAUUAAUUAUUUCGUCUUGUGACGCCGGCAUCAAUUAGCUUGUGUUGUGACGCCGUCAUUAAUUAUUUCGCGUUGUGACGCCGUCAUUAAUUAUUUCGUCUUGUGACGCCGUCAUUAAUUAUUUCGUCUUGUGACGCCGUCAUUAAUUAUUUCGUCUUGUGACGCCGGCAUCAAUUAGCUUGUGUUGUGACGCCGUCAUUAAUUAUUUCGCGUUGUGACGCCGUCAUUAAUUAUUUCUUAUUAUGACGGCUUAAUUUAUUACCACGCGUUGUAAUGCCGUCAUUAUUAGUUCGUAUUGUGACGGCUUUAUUUUUUAGCUUGUGUUAUGACGACUCAGUUGUUAGUGCUAUUGAAAUACCGUUGUUAUUGCGCGAUAGUUUUUCUCUUCACUUGAUGCCUCAAAAUACAGGCUUACUGGUCAAUAUUCGAGAUUAGAUAUUACAUGACGCGAUUAUAGUAGCGACGCAGUACUAAUACUACAUGAAUAUUGCACGCGUUUGUGGGGAAUUUGCGCCUCUUGAGAUUGUUUAGAGUUUAGACUUUAGGUUAAUAGGCUGUGGCACGCUUACAAAUAGUAAUUAGGGCGCUUUAGGUUAGAAGGUUACUAAUUGGUAGUAUGUACCGAUUGGGACAGCCUGACAAAUGAGGUCGUUUGUUCAUGUUAAAAAGUAGUAUCAUUUGUGCAGUAUGAUCAUUUAUAUGAUUCAUUACAUUUGAAAAUAGCUCAUAUAUUAAGGUCAAUGGACUCGGAGUUAUUCCUGACGUGGUAAACUCCUUGAUAAUAACUAAGCAGUCUAAUAAAUAAAUGAGAUUCCAAAUCUUAUUUCGCUACUCAUCCAAGAAUACGAGCUUCGUCCGCUUGUGUAACAGAAACGGCGAAUUAAUCCAUAUUAAUGUCAUCACAGGAGCAGCACUUUGAAGCUCGAAGUCAACAAGUGGGAUUCAUGAACAUUAGGGAUACAGAACACGAGGAUAAUAAAUUAUUACCAUGUUAUAGUUGUUCUAUAUAUUUGGUGGCCUAAUAGAUUCUGGGGAGAUUUCCUGUUCGGACGAUAGCAUAGGAAUGUAGAGAGGUAGCCGCUCGCGCUCCGUAUCGCACGGACAAUCCCUCACUCGGUUGAGGUAAAAUUCAUUCCUCAGCAUAAAACACAGCCCCUCUCGUAUGUCGUACCGUUAGGGUUAGCUUACACAAAUUUUUACUUGCAUGCUAAUGUAAAUAUCACAAAAUAUUGUCGAAUUAAGGCCAGUUUGCUUCAGGUUGUCGACGACCAAUAAAUGCGGACUGUGUAUAGAGUGAGCGAGCUGUCAUUGCGUAACCUUCGAGAGAACACAAAACUUGUGUAUUUUUUAGAACAAGAGCAAAGUUCCU